AUGUCACAAACAUCUACAGAAUGGAUACGACUCCGCACAUCGAUUGAAGCAUUGGUAGACAACCUCAACGAACACAACAUUGAUACGAUCGCGGUGGAGCUUUUCAAGCUCAAUUUGUUCAAGGGAAAAGGUCUUCUUGUAAGGAAAUUGAUGUUAUCGCAGAGAACCUCAAGGAAACCAGCUUGGGUAUAUGCGAGUUUGGUGAACGUGUUGAACUUCAAAGUGCCCGAUAUAGGAAAACUAAUUGUCAUUAGGUUACUUAUUGUCUUCAAAAAUGAGUAUUUGCAUAACAUGUACGUGAACAUCGACUUGGUGUGUGAGUUAGUCAACUAUCACGUUGUAAACAACUUGGUGAUACUCCAAAUUCUCGAACUUUUGAUGAGCAACAUCACUGACGACAGCAUCGGUGUGGUGAUACGGAUCCUAAAACAUAGCGGUGCUGUACUCCCUACAAACAUUGUUUACGCCAUAAUCGAUAAAUUAAGAAACUUGGUGAACGAAAAGCAGGUCUCCAAUACUAGCAAAAGUUCCAUUGAAAAACUACUCCAAAUAUGGAGAAGAGGGUUCAAAGACUUUACUGCCAUUCUCAUCGAUGGCGAAAUGUGCCAUGAAAUAGACUUGGAGGAUGAACUAGAUGCCUCUAUUAAGUUACUCAAAGACGACGGUAAAGAGUACCAUGAGUACGAAACGCUAAAACGGGAAAUUCUUGGUGAACUCGAGGAAGGAGCACUUGAAGAAGAGCAUCGCCCCGAAGAGCCGCAGCAACAUGUCCUGGCGGAACCGGUGGUAGACAUGUCACAGGCCGAGCUCAUCGGUCUCCAGAAAACCGUCUACUUGACCAUCAUGUCCAGUCUUUCGUCCGAAGAGUCGGUACACAAACUUCUUAAGUUGAACUACAAGCCUGAAAUCCUCGCCGAAAUCGUCAUCAAAAGUUGUGUUCAAGAGAAGACAUACUCAAAGUACUACGGAACCAUCUGUGAGAUUCUCAGCGUGAAGUUCACCAAGUACAAGCAUGAGUUCACGCGGCUCUUCGAGGUGAACUACGAAAACAUCCAUCAGAUCGAGUUGAACGGGAUCCGGAAUCUUGGCAAGCUCUACGGAUAUUUGGUGGCCACUGGAAAGUUACCUGUAACUAUUCUAAAAGUCAUCUCGUUGACUGAGGCAAACACCAACUCAUCAAAUCGGAUAUUUAUCAAGUUUUUGUUGAAGGAAAUGGUCGAAGAGGUCGGUACGCCCACCGUAAAAGACAAGUUGACUGGGAAUAUGCAACAGCUUUCUGGGAUGUUUCAGAUGGAUGGAAAGAGAGACGACUUGGUAUUUGCAAUCAACUAUUUCACAGCCAUUGGAUUGGGAAUGCUUACAGACGAGAUGAGAGACGAGUUGGAGAGCCGCAAAAGAGGAAGAAAGCGUGAACGACAUGAGGUUGGUAGUCGAAGUGGUAGUGGUAGUUAUAGCAGAAGUGGUAGUGGCAGUUACAGUAGAAGUGGUAGCAGCAGCUAUAGCAGAAGUGGAAGCAGUCGCAGCGCUAGUUACAGCCGGAGUCCCAGCCGAACGCCCAGUCGGGCGACCAGCCCGCACCACCGCGCUACUGACGAACGUGACUCGCAGGGUACGAGUGGUCACUGA